AUGUUGCGUACACUCUUGAGCAAGAGAGGUAUCCAUACAGUACCCAAGUUGCCGAAUGCUGCUCAAUUGAGGCAACAAGGUAUUCCUAAUGUUCUAAGCCCAGCUGGACUCAAUGUGGCAUGGGAUCAACACCAGAAGUAUAUUUGUGAUAAACUUACGGUGGCAACCAGCGGUACGAGUCUGGAGUCAUAUCUGCCCUUCCAUUUAAUACUUAAUACGGCCAAAAAACCAUUUUUAACUCACGUUUUCAAUCUGGCAUCAGCAGCUCAUAAUAAUCAUAUAUUUAUCGAAAAUAUACUGCCGGCUACUAAUUCUGCCACUACCCAACCAUCCCGUUUGUUUUUAUCAAGUAUUGAAGAAUCUUUUGGCUUCGAUUGGGAAACAUUAAAGACUGAAAUGGUACGCCGUGCGGAAGCCGACGUAUUGGGGCAAGGCUGGCUAUUUCUAGUGGAGAACAGUAACAAAGAACUCCACAUUUUGACAAUCCAAAAUAACGGGACACCUUAUUAUUUCCCAAGAAAUCAGUUAUUCGAUUUGAACUCGGCUCUGACCUUAGAGGAAUUUUCCCAUCUCGAGGAGAUCAAAAAAAUGAUCAACCAAAGUGGGAAAAAGAAGUUGGAGGAUUGGACCAUUCCAUUAAUAUGCGUAAAUCUAUGGGAUCAGGCUUAUUUACACGAUUAUGGCGUACAAAAUAGAUCAAAAUAUGUCGAGAAUGCUUUGAAUAAUUUGAAUUGGUCUGUUGUUAACAAGAGACAAUAUUCAGAUCAAUCAUAA